ACAGAAUGGCGGGCUUACUACCUCUCCUCAUAGCGUCCCUCGCCAUGUGUUCGGCUGACAACCCUCUCUCAGGGCUGAAGCAAGCCCUCCCCUCCAUCCCCUCAGUGUCAUCUGUAGGCGACGCAGUGACAGAGAACGUUUCGGACGCGGCCGACAGCUUCGGAAGGAGCGUGCAGAAAGAGAUAGCUGCAGUUAAACAGCCUAUAGAAGAAACUAUUGCCUUCAUCGGGUCUAGCCAAUGUACACAUGUGAAGAAGAUCUUCGGAGUAGCGUACGAAAGCUACGAGGGAGAGGAGGAGCCCAAACUAGACAAACUGACUCUAGAGUACAGGGAUUCCGGCAUGCGCACGAUAUACAACAUCAACAGAGCGGCUGCGCGCAUUCCUGAGGCCCAUGACUUCAACCCCGCGCAGAAACUAUACAUCUUCAUCCAUGGAUUCACUGAUGACCCGAGCAAAGGAAGUUACAGUGCUAUUAGCGAAGCGUUGUUGAACCAAGGUGAAUCCAACGUUCUGGCCCUGGACGCCAGCCCUCUGAUUAAAUGGCUGUACCUGCGCUCCUCGACCUACGUGCGGUUUAUAGGAGAGAGGCUGGGGGAAGUGCUCGCCGCUAUGGUCAACAAGGGCCACAGCCCCGCCGGCAUCUACAUCAUCGGACAUAGCUUAGGGGCACACAUCUCCGGCUUCACCGGCAAGACCUUCACCAACCUAACCGGCCACCAGGUGGGCCGCAUCACCGGGCUCGACCCGGCCGGGCCGUGCUUCAGCCACGUGGAACCCGAGCUGAGGCUCAAAGCCACGGAUGCCGAGUUUGUGGAUGUUAUACAUACGGAUGGGGGUGUUUAUGGAUUGAAGGAUCCUGUUGGACAAGUGGACUACUAUCCAAAUAGCGGCAAACAGCAGCCCAACUGCCUGUUUCAGACGUGUAGCCACAGCCGCUCUUGGGCGUUAUUCGCGGAGUCUGUGAAGACCCCUGACGCGUUCCCUGCGGUGAGGUGCAAGGAUUAUGACGCGUUCAAGAAGGGCCAGUGCGACAGUGAUGUCAGCCACAUGGGUUUCGGCUCGAAGCCUGGCACGACCGGCCGCUACUACCUGCAGACCGGCGAAGACAGCCCGUACGGGCUCAGCAAGCAGGGCUUGACGUGGGAAAACAACGAGGGGAUUGUGAGAAACAUCGGCUCGAAAGUGUCCAACUUGUUCGGUUAAAUGUUAGACGAUUGGAUACGAGCAUAAGCAUCCACUUUUCUAUACAACUAU